UUUUGGGACAACACGUGAGUGCAACGUCACACAACCGAUUUUAUGCUGGCAAAGCUGGCGUUAUAAAAAGAGGCGAUUUUUUACCGCAGCCCACUUCUUUUCACUUUCUUAUUUUUACACCGUACAACAUAUACAAUGGCACCCAAAGCUGAAAAGAAGCCCACUGGAGGAAAGGCUCCCGCUAAGAGCGUCGAGAAGAAGGCUAAGUCUGCUGACGGUAAGAAGCGUAAGGCUUCCCGUAAGGAAACCUACUCUUCCUACAUCUACAAGGUCUUGAAGCAGGUCCACCCCGAUACCGGUAUCUCCAACAAGGCUAUGUCCAUCCUCAACUCUUUCGUCAACGAUAUCUUUGAGCGCAUUGCUGGUGAAGCUUCCAAGCUCGCCGCUUACAACAAGCGUUCCACCAUCUCUUCCCGCGAGAUUCAGACUGCUGUCCGUCUCAUUCUCCCUGGUGAUAUUGGCCAAGAAAAUAUUGCCUGCAUUAUAUCUUUAGCACAUUGCUCUGUACAGUCCUCACCUUUUCGCCCUCUUCUGUUUAAUUUCCCCCUUUUGAUUUCUUGCAAAAGCUCAAGAGAAAACGCGUUGUUAUCACUAUCUUGAUUACACUGGUGCGAACUCUCAUGUUCUUUAACUUGGAAUCAUUUGAUCAUCGUUUUUUUUUGUUGCCCCUUGCCUUGUACGUAUAUAUAUUUGCCUUUUAUUCGAUACAACCCUUUAAAAAAAAUCAAAAGAAUUUUUUUUCCCCAUAUGAACA